GUAACCUCUGGUCACACUGCCGGCACACUUGACGCCAACUCGGUUAUUUUCGGAAAAUAAAUAAAAACUUUUAAGCAGCUGAACUAAUUAAAGCACCAUUAUUAAUUAGUCUCUAAACAUGGCCGAGGUAGACGACGGUUCCGAGCUGUUGUUUUUCGACACCUUCUCCCACGAGGAAGUGACGGACAUCAACUUGGAUUUGGUGCAGUUUCCCAAGCCGGUAUUCAUCACACAGGUGCGGAUCAUCCCCCUUGGAGCCCGUGUGCAGGCUGACUUUCCCGGCGGCGUUCGCCUAGGGGCCACUAAUCCCUCCAAGUUCGACCUGGAGUUCUUUGUGAACGACUUGGGAAUGCCGGGUGCCUCGGCUUUCGAGAAUCUCGGCCUGUUGCGGUACAAUCAGAACGAUUGCAUCCACCUGGACUGCUCGCAGGAGAAGAUACCAACGGAUGGAUUGGUGCUGCGCGGUUGGUACAGCACCAUUACCUUGGCUGUGUAUGGAAUCCUCACCAAUUCGGUGACGGAGCCCAUUGCCAGUCCAACGAUGCCCUGUGAGCCUGUCGGUGCGGAGAUGUGCAAUCUGAGUGGUGAGGUUCUGCUGCAGGAGGAUGUGCUGAAGGAUGAGUGGCAGGAACCCAUGCAGGCGGAGAUCUUGACGGCGCACAAGGGCAACGUGAGUGACUACGAUCCGGAGGAGAUGGAGUACGCUCUGACGCGGGAACACUACCACCAGCAGCAGCAGCAGGCCGAGGAGCAGGAGCAGAGGGAAAUGCGCCGCCUGCGUCGCUCCACGCACUCUACGGAUCAAUCGCCUCCGCCGCCGCCAAGAAGAUCGCACACGCACUCCGAGAGCAACGACAGAGAGUACAUCAGGCAUUCACGCGACAAGGGCUCCAGGGAUUGGUCGCGUUCUCCGGAUUAUUCCAGCCACCGGUCGUCGCGUCGCAAGCGCUCUGAGCGAUCCCGCUCCGAUGUGGAUGAGCACAAGUGGCCCAGAACGCCGCCGGCAUCGAUAGAUUCCCCGACAAGACCGCGUUCGCCUGACACCAUGGACUACGAUGACGAUGAUUCGCGCUCGCACUACAAGAUGCAGUCCUCGCACUACAGACACUCCUCGGAGUCGCUGCAUCGUGGCGAGAGAGACCGGGACGAUGAGGAGCGUUCCUGCACGCCCCAGGAACAGUUUGAGCCCAUUCUCAGCGAUGAUGAAAUCAUAGGCGACGAGGAGGAGGACGAUGGCGUGGAUGCCGCAGCCAUUGCCGAGUACGAAAGGGAACUGGACUUGGCAGCGGCCUCGGCUCCACCUGCCAUCGAUGCCUUUGAGCCCUGGCAGAAGCCGCUGCAGUUCUAUGACGGUGAUUUGUCUGCGCACUUCAGCAAGGAGCUGGAAACCCUGCGGCUGCUCUUCAAGAAGCUCGCUUUGCAGACACGUUGCGAGAAUGUGGCUGCCUUUGGCGAGGAACACGGUGCCAGUGUGGACGAAAGGGAACAGUUUGUGUACUUGGGCGAGCAGCUGAACAACCAGUUGGCCUACUUGGCGCAGCACUACAAGCGGCGCAACUUUGUCCUGCAGCAGUUCUUCGGCAACGAUGACCUGCAUCUCCGCCAGGCGGCGAAUGUCUUGCAGAUAGCCCUGAGCUUCCAGGCAGCCUGCAUGCAGCCCCAGCCCGCCUUUAAGAUUCGUCACAUCAAGCUGGGCGCCCGUAUGGCCGAACUUCUGGGCAGCAGCGAGGAUCUCUUCCAGCAUUUGCUCAAGGAGCAUCACUUUGAUCCCUUCGAGGCGGUUUUCCGGCUGUACCACGAACCCUACAUGGCGCUGUCUAUUAAGCUGCAACUCCUAAAAGCCAUUUACGCCCUGCUGGACUCCCGGCUGGGCAUCCAGCAUUUUUUGGCCUCCAAGAGCAAUGGCUACCAGGUGAUAAUGGAGUCCCUAAAGGCGGCCAAGCUAACCAGGACCAAGUACGCCCUUCAGGCCAUCAUCAAGAAGCUGCAUCUGUGGGAAGGUUUAGAGAGCAUCAAGACCUGGUGUCGUCGCCUCUUUGUGGACCGGAAUGUAGCGAAAGAGGAGGAGGAUGAGGACAAGGGCACGCAUCUGCAGAUUUGCCAGCAGCUGGAGUUCACCUUUGAGAUGCUAAUGGAUGCUUUGACCACCAGCCAGUUGAGCUACCAGCAGCCGCGUCGCUUUCUUCCCGUUUCCAAGAAGUUUGAGGUGGUCACCGAUUCCAUGGCGCAGCGCAGCUUCGGGAAUGCUUUGCAGUCGUAUCUGGGGCAACACAGCUUGGCGGAGUGCCUCCUACUGAUGCUGGGCCAUUGCAAGGAGCUGCCGGCCAAGACUUACCUAUGCCUGCUGGACCUGAUGCACGGCCUGCUGCGAUCCCAUGUGGGCAUCGAUUACUUUGUGGAUGAUGCCUUUGAUGUUACCCAGGCGAUUGUGGCCAUAUUGCUGGGUUUGGAGGAUGUGCCCAGGCAGCCCAAAGUGGAGGAGGCCAAGGUGGAGAAGUCUGAGGUGGAGGAAAAGCCGGUGGCAGAGCCUGUGGAAGGAGAGGAUCCAGAGAAACCGAGUGAAGCCGCCGAGGAGGCGGCACCUGCAGGUGGGACUCCUCCAACUCCCACUACCACUACCGCUCCCGCUCCCCCACCCGCUCUGAGACCCCGACCCAUACUUCGUCCCGUGCUGCCACGCCUCGCCCGACUGGGCAUUGAGAUGUCCUACAAGGUGCAGACCCGCUAUCACCUGGACGCCAUAGUCUAUGCUGCUGCGGCACCGGAGUACGAUGCCGUCAAGAUUGCCACCCACAUGCAUGCUAUUUACUCGCAGACCUGCGAUCCCGCCGGACGCCAACACACCGUCGAGGUUUUGGGUUUGAACAACAAUCUCAAGAUCUUCAUGGACCUCAUCAAGAAGGAGCAGCGUCUGCAGACCCAGCGCCAACUGAGCUCGCCGGGCAUGAAGUACAAGAGUCCCGUGCUGAGUUAUGCCGUGGAUAUGGUAGAUGCUUGUGUGCGUUACUGCGAGCAGUUGGAUUACCUCAUUGAGCACGGGGCGGUGAUCCUGGAGCUGGCCAAGAAUCAUGAGACAUUCGAGCCCUCUGUGUCAGCGGUUCUGCAGGAGAUGUACGUGUACAUGAAGCCACUGGAGGCCAUUAAUGUGUUUGUUUACGACGACAUCAUGCCCCUGGUGGAGGUGAUUGGUCGCUCUCUGGAUUACCUGACCACCUUUCCUGGGGAUCUGAUUAUGGCUUUAAGGAUCUUGCGUUACCUGGCCAUUAGCAAGCCCAUCUUGGGCCAGAAGGCGCCUGCCGUGACCGAGGAGCUGAAGCAUCGGUUUGUGGCCUUGCAGUUGUACGCGGCGGAUGGUGUCCAGCUCUGCAUCCAGAUUAUGGAAAGGUUGUGCGCUUACUUUGAGCAGCCGGGAGCCCAUGCCCCGGCCUUAAUGACCAUUCAGGGCGUGCACUGCUGUCAGAUUAUGCUGCCCACGCUGCAGAUCCUCAGGGAACUGCUAACCUAUGCGAUUCUGUGCCGGGAUGGCACCUACAAGGACCUCACCGCCAUCGAUCAUAUAGUGAAGGUUUACUAUCUGCUAUAUUACUUCCCCACGCGGUGCCAGGCUGGCAUGGAGGUGGAGCAGUGCAAGAUGGAGGUGGUCCAGACACUGCUGGCCUAUACCCAGCCUAAUGAGCAAGACGAGGAGUCGCUGCACAAGUCGCUGUGGACGCUGAUGAUCCGGGAGGUUCUCAAGAACAUUGACGGACCCGCCCACUUUAUACCAGGACUCAAGCUUCUGGCCGAGCUGCUGCCCCUGCCGCUGCCCAUGCCCCAGCCACUGUGCGACCAGCUGAAGCAGCAGCACAAGCAGCGCCUGAUUACCGAGCGAAAGCUGUGGUCUGCCCACCUGCAUCCGCAGAGCGGCCAGAUUGCCAAGCUGGUGGAGGCUCUGGCUCCUUCCAGCUUCCCCCAGCUGUCGGAGAUGCUGCAGCGCGUGUGCAUGCAGCUAUCGGAUCUGGCACCCAAUAUGACUCUUCUCAUUGCCAAGACCAUCACGGAGCUACUGUGCAGCGAAUACCUCAGCUCCAACUGCAUUCCCACCACCAAUCUGGAACGCCUUUUGAGAUUCUCCACCCGCCUGUGUGCCUUUGCUCCGCUAAAGAGCUCCAUGCUGUCCAUCUUGUCUGGGAAGUUCUGGGAGCUCUUUCAGUCCCUGCUGGCGCUGAAUGAAUUCAACGAGGUUGUGUCCAACUGCCAGGAGGCAGUGCAUCGCAUAUUGGACAGCUUCCUGGACUCGGGCAUAUCGCUGAUCUCGCACAAAUCGACGGCUUUGCCUGCUCUCAAUCUUUCGGCGGCUUUGCCUCCCAAGGAACUGAUACCCCGGAUUAUCGAUGCUGUGUUUAGUAACCUGACCAGCGUGGAGGUCACCCAUGGCAUCUCCAUUCUGGCGGUUCGCAAUCUGGUUAUACUCACUGAACACGACUUUACCUUCUACCACCUCGCGCAGCUCCUGAAGCAAAAGAUAACCGAGUUCCAGGCAUGGAUGGAGCGCGUGAUCCUACACAACGAAACGGUGGAGUACAAUGCCAACAUCGAGUCGCUGAUUCUGCUGCUGCGCUCCUUGACCCAAAUAGAACCACCGCCCGCCAUGACGGCCAUGCCGCAUCGCACUCUCAAAUUGGGCGCCGUGGAGCUUGCCCAGCUGGUGGAAUUCCAGGACAUUGAACUGGCCAAGCCCCCCGUUCUGAGUCGCAUACUCAAGGUAAUGGAAAAGUACAAGGCGGUGGCCAAUGAGGCGGCCCUUUGUGACCUCAAGCAGCUGAUCCUGCUGCAGGCCUCCAAGCAGGAGAUUAACGCCGGAGCAAGUACCGAAGCCCCCGCUGAAACUGAGGGAAGUGGAGAUGCAAAUCUCUCUGCCAAUGCUGGAAGCUUGGCGCUAAGCAUUGAACCCUACCUGCCCCAGGCCGAGGGCAUUGUCAGCCAGUAUGAGGCGCGCCCUAUCUUUACAAGAUUCUGUGCCACCGCCGAGAAUCCACAACUCACGGCGCGCUAUUGGCUGGAGCCGCUGCCCAUUGAGAUGAUCGAGGACAUGAACGAGCCGCUCUACGAACGCAUUGCCUGCGAUCUCACCGAUCUGGCCAAUGUGUGCCUCAAUCCGGACCUGAAUACAGCCGGGGAUACCAAGAGGACUUUAAAUUUGUCCGGUUCGCCGCAAUCCAAUCGGGAGAUGACCCCAACGGCGCCUUGUUUCCGCACCCGACGCGUGGAAGUGGAACCCGCCACGGGAAGGCCCGAAAAGAAGAUGUUUGUGUCUUCGGUCAGGGGACGUGGCUUUGCUCGUCCUCCUCCCUCCAGAGGCGAUCUGUUCCGCUCACGUCCACCCAACACUUCGAGACCGCCAUCCCUGCAUGUUGAUGAUUUCCUGGCUUUGGAGACUUGUGGCGCCCAGCCCACCGGACCCACGGGCUACAACAAGAUACCUUCCAUGCUAAGGGGCUCCCGGGUGGGACGCAAUCGCGGUUCACGCAUUUCGGCAGCGGCUGCCUUUAGGCAAAAGAAGCUAAUGCGCAUUGGUUCGCCCUCCAGUUGGGCAGAGUCACCGGGAUCCUACCGCUCCGGCAACUCGGAGUCGCAUUUCAGCGGCAGCGAUUCGCAUUAUUCCUCGCCCCACUACAGCGGCCGUUCCCGUGGACGUGGCCUGCGCUCACGACCAUCCUACUUGCGUUAGGAAGAUAUACUUUCUAGUUUUAGUUUUUAGGUUUUAGUUUCCUUUUACUGCUGUAUUUUGUACAUAAGCUAAAAGUUAAUUUUCAGUAAUUAUACUCUGCAAACGUA